AUGGACAAGGAGCACCCUUCAUAUCUGAUACCAGAAUUAUGUCGACAGUUUUACCAUCUUGGUUGGUGUACAGGCACAGGUGGUGGGGUCAGCAUAAAACACAAUGAUGAAAUUUACAUUGCUCCAUCUGGUGUACAGAAGGAGUUCAUAAAGCCUGAAGAUUUGUUUGUUGUCAAUAUUAAAGGGGACGUAACUUGUGAGCCUCCACCGCAGAAGAAACUGAAAAAAAGCCAGUGUACUCCCUUGUUUAUGAAUGCUUAUACUUUAAGGGGUGCAGGUUCUGUGAUUCACUCACAUUCAAAAAAUGCUUUGAUGGCAACAUUGUUUUAUGAAGGAAAAGAAUUUCAGAUCAGUCACAUUGAAGUUAUAAAGGGAAUCAAGAAAUGCAAAUCUGGUUCAAACUAUCGCUACGAUGAUGUUCUUGUGGUGCCUAUUAUAGAGAACACACCGUUUGAAGCUGACCUAACGGAAGCCAUGGCCCAAGCAAUGGAAGACUAUCCUGAAACAUGUGCAGUCCUUGUUCGUCGACAUGGUGUGUAUGUAUGGGGAAAGACAUGGCAAGAAGCAAAGACUAUGUGUGAAUGUUAUGAUUACCUGUUUGAUAUUGCUGUAAGAAUGAAAAAUGCUGGCUUUGAUCCAACAUCAGUUCCACAACCUCCUAAAGGGGCCUAUAUGAGUGCUGUUAAUGCUACCAAAUCAUGA